UCGCCAGUCUACGUCACGCUAUUGGAGAGGUUUCCCAGAUGCCACUGCGCUGCACAAAAUUGUUCAAUUUAUGGAUGUCCGCCAUACUGGUGGGAGAGGAUCGGACACCAAAACGGCACAUAUGCCUAAAUUCCGGUGUUUCUGGUCGCACUGAUGCAGUACAGUCCUUCCCAGUUAAAAGAAAGAUUGCUAGAGAGCAUAGAUAGCGAUAAUAAUGUGGUUGACAUGCCCAAACUGUUGGAGGUUAUCACCUUGUUGGAAAGAUAUCCCAUCACUCGGGAAAUAUUGGAGGAGACGAGAAUUGGACGGCUUGUCAAUGAUGUCAGAAAGAAAAUCACAAAUAAGCAGCUGGGCAAGCGUGCGAAGGAGUUGGUCCGUAGUUGGCAGAAAGUGCUCAUUCCUGAGUCAGAAACUACAGUUAAUGGAGAAGGGAUAAAUAAAGGGUCUGUUCAAGGUAGACUGCAGGCUCCGAACAGACCCCCAAUAAGCCCUGCAGGUGCACACAUAGGCAAGUCUGCCUCCUCGGCUGAUGUAAAUAAACUUGUUUCGCCGAACAGUGUGAAGUCUAGUCUUUCUCAAGGACAGAUAUCUAACAAACAUAAUGCGCCAUCAUUACCAAAUGUGAACAACAAACUAACAUUUCAGCAAGCAGCCAAGAGAUCCAACUCUUCUCCACAGCUAGCAUCUAGUGCUAAACGUUUGUGCAUAUCACCAAGUGUUUCCAGUUCUAGGCCUGGUACACCAGACAGUGCAUGCAGUCAGGGCAGCCGUGCAUCCAGUACUGUUGCCAGUAGUGAUAUAACUCAACAUUUAUCAUCAUCUCAAAAAAAGGCUAAGCCUUGCCCUUCAGACUCUUCAAAAUUAAAAAGAACUCGUUCAAGUGAUAGUUUUUCAAAGAAGCCUCCUGACACUGAUUUAAGGAUAGUUCAGUCAACUAGCAAUUUGCCUUCUCAGUUUAAAACAAGUCCAGGGCCAAAUGGCAUGGUUGUGUCUAGAGUUCAGCAAAACGGUGAAGAAAUAUUAACACCAACUCAUUCCAUUGAAACAAAAGGACUAAAAACUACAAUCCGAUUUAAUAAAACUUCUCCACCAGCCCCACCUAUAAACGGGGUUGUUGAAACACCUAAGAAAAGGGGAAGAGGUAGACCUCCUAAAGUGAAACCUCAAACCCCUGGUGAUCAAAUAAAACCUCAAAAUGGAUCUGUUUCUAGUGCUAAAAGUUUGUGUGAUAAACGACAAGUGAAACUUGGUAUUCGCACAGACUUGGAAACACCAUCAAGAGCAGUGAGCCUUACACCAAAAGUGAAAAGCACUGCUGAACUUAUGCAACAGUUACAAGCAAAAAAUAACCUUUCUGUAGGUAGAGACACUGUCAGGCAAAUUAAAGAUAAUUUAAUUCAGAAGGAGGCUGAUGAUGAUUACCAGUCCAUUGUGCCCGAAGGUGCAAAGCCUCGGAUGCAUCGCAAGAGAGGUGCCAAAAAUGACCUAAUUCCUCCAGGUACCCCAGUUUCUAAAACUGAAAUGGUUGAAAAAUUCUUAGAAAGUUCAGUUAGUCAGGUCAGCCCAGAAGAUCUAAGCCCUCUGAAAUACGAAUUACCUCGUACAGAGUCCCCUAGUGCCUCAACCAGUUUUGAGGAUAAUCUUGAUGGUAAUACAGAGUCAUUUGUGAAAAAUGGUAAUCUCAAUGACCAGUCAGCAACACUUAGUGUUGAUUCCAAAUCUGUGAUCUCUGAAAAAGGUCUCAAAUCUGAAUUGAAACCAAAUGCAAACUCUGAACCAGUGCCAGGGACAUCCAGUGAACAGGAUAAACCCUUAACUCUAGAGGAAAUCUACAGCAAAUAUCCACCAUUAGAUAUUGAAAACUUUGCAUUAGAUGAUGAUUCUUAUGAAAUGCCUGAACCGUUAGAGAUUACUGACGAUGAUGUGUCCAGACUUCAUACACAGCGUUGGACAGAUAUGAAUGGUUGCUAUGACAGCUGGGGUAGUUGGCGAGACUGGACACAAACUGUUUCCUUUCAGUCUUAUAACUCAGAUCCUCUACAUAUACUACCUUAUGUGAUCACUGAUAACUAAUCUGUUACAAACAAAAAAAUUGUGUGUUCUAAAAUGGCGUUAUUUUUCAUUGUCAGGUUUUAAAGAUGUAGUUUGUCCAUGCAGUAUAAUUUACGUGAUAGAAAUCACUUUGGGUUUCAGUGAAACUGUUCCAACCAGAGUAUUAUUAUAAAUUUAUAAGUGCAUUUUUUACUCUCUGAUUUUUAAGGUGAAAAUAUUGUUCAUUUAUCUGUUUGCAAAUUUGCACUACUAAGUUAGUCAUUACAUUAUUACUGUAUUAUGUUUUGGAUUUUUUCACACUAUAUGUAAUGACCGCAAAGUUGUUUUGAGAUUUUGCGAAUCAUUAUAUUAAUAAAUAUGAAUUGAUAGUUAGUUUGAUUUAGUGAAAUAAGUUUUGUUUUUGUUUUCCGAGUAUUUGAAAUUGAGGGUACAAAAUGUACAUACAUGUUUAUUCUAUGAAAAUUAUAUAUAAUUUUUUAUCCUUAGUAAAUUUUGUUUUUAUUAAACUAGUUCAAAUAAAUACUGUAUAGUUCUCAGUCUAAGGUCUGUUAAAAAGUCUUUGUUUAGGAAAUCCAUUUUAGGUGCCAUUAUGUCUUACAAACAACAUGCAUGUUUGCUACAAUAGAUUAGGCCAGUUUCAUGAUUUAAAUAGUUUUCAUGCCACCAAAUGAUAUAUAACGUAUAGGCUCGUACGGAGAUGCAGGGGUUAUUUCACCUAUAUCUUCCAAGUUUUUUAGACGCAGUAUUACAAUAAAGCUAGCCAAUUUUGUAAGCCAUAACCAAGUCUUGACAAAUUAUACUUUUUCUAACAAUGGAUUGACAGUUUAAUUUUUAGCACAACUAUUAGAAGAAUAGGGAGAGCUAUUGCACUCACCCAUUUGUCAGUUUUUAGCUCAUCUGUCACGUAGUGACAGGGUGAGCUUUUGUGAUCGCCCCUUGUCCGUCCACAAUUUCUUGUCUGCACGAUAGAGGUUUCAUUUAUGAUUUUAUUUUAACCAAACUUGCACACAACUUGUAUCACCAUAAGAUCUCGGUUCCUUUCUUGAACUGGCCGGGGCCUCCGUGGCUGAAUGGUUAGAGUCGUUGACUUCAAACCAUUUGCCCCUCAUCGAUGUGGGUUCGAAACCUCAUUUGGGGCGUAGAAUUCUUCACGUGAGGAAGCCAUCCAGCUGGCUUACAGAAGGUCAGUGGUUCUACCCAGGUGCCCGCUCAUGAUGAAAGUAUGCACGGAGGGGCACCUGGGGUCUUCCUCCACCAUUAAAGCUGGAAAGUCGCCAUAUGACCUAAAAUGGUGUCGAUGCGACGUUAAACCCAACAAAAUAAAAUAAAUUUCUUGAACUGGCCAGAUCCCAUUAUGGGUUCCAGAGUUAUGGCCCCUGAAAGGGCCAUAAUUAGCUAUUUUGACCUUGUCUGCACAAUAGCAACUUUAUUUAUGAUUAGAUUUUUACCAAACUUGCACACAACUUGUAUCACUAUAAGAUCUUGGUUCCUUUCUUGAACUGGCCAGAUUCCUUUAUGGGUUCCAGAGUUAUGGCCCCUGAAAGGGCCAUAAUCAGCUAUUUUGACCUUGUCUGCAUAGUAGCAGCUUUAUUAUGCCCCCGAAGGGAGGCAUAUAGUUUUUGAACCGUCUGUCAGUCUGUCCGCAAUUUUCGUGUCCGGUCCAUAAUCUUGUCAUCGAUGGAUGGAUUUUCAAAUAACUUGGCAUGAAUGUGUACCACAGUAAGACGACGUGUCGCGCGAAAGACCCAGGUCCGUAGCUCAAAGGUCAAGGUCACACUUAGACGUUAAAGGUCAUUUUUCAUGAUAGUUGGGCGUGUCCGGUCCAUAUCUUUGUCAUCCAUGGAUGGAUUUUCAAAUAACUUGGCAUGAAUGUGUACCACAGUAAGACGACGUGUCGCGUGCAAGACCCAGGUCCGUAGCUCAAAGGUCAAGGUCACACUUAGACGUUAAAGGUCAUUUUUCAUGAUAGUGCAUUCGUGUCCGGUCCAUAUCUUUGUCAUCCAUGGAUGGAUUUUCAAAUAACUUGGCAUAAAUGUGUACCACAGUAAGACGACGUGUCGUGCGCAAGACCCAGGUCCGUAGCUCAAAGGUCAAGGUCACACUUAGACGUUAAAGGUCAUAUUUCAACAUAGUGCAUUGAUGGGCGUGUCCGGUCCAUAUCUUUGUCAUUCAUGCUUGGAUUUUAAAAAUAUUGGGCAUGGAUGUGUACCACAGUAAGACGACGUGUCGCGUGCAAGACCCAGGUCCGUAGGUCAAAGGUCCUAAACUCUAACAUUGGCCAUAACUAUUCAUUCAAAGUGCCAUCGGGGGCAUGUGUCAUCCUAUGGAGACAGCUCUUGUUUAUGAUUUGAUUUUUACCAAACUGACACACAACUUGUAUCACCAUAAGAUCUUGGUUCCUUUCUUGAACUGGCCAGAUUCCUUUAUGGGUUCCAGAGUUAUGGCCCCUGAAAGGGUCAAUAUUAGCUAUUUUGACCUUGUCUGCACAAUAGCAGCUUCAUUUAUGAUUUGAUUUUAACCAAACUGGCAUACAACUUGUAUCACCAUAAGAUCUUGGUUCCUUUCUUGAACUGGCGAGAUUCCAUUAUUGGUUCCAGAGUUAUGGCCUCUGAAAGGUCCAAAAUUAGCUAUUUUGACCUUGUCUGCACAGUAGCAGCUUUAUUUCACGGGUGGUAAACGCGCAAUCCAAUUCCCACUGGGAAUACGCUAAAAAUGGGUUGCGCGACUUCCGGUGCUGGUGUUGUGCAUCAAUAUAUACAUAAUCGAGGUAGGUGGGUUUUUGUUUUUGUAAAUAAUGACACAUUUACGAGUGGUUUCGAAAAAAAGCAAAAUGCUAUUUGACACAAAAAUGAAUAAAGAUCAUAUGUGUGAAAUACCAACUUAUUAAUUUAAGAAUCGGCCCUGUUAUCACGAAAACUCUGCUGGCUCGAGCUGUCAUUUUAAGCAUGGAAUCAUGAAAAAUGCAAAUUUUCUAACUCUUGUGCCUUCUUUCUGGAAAUGUGACACUUCUAAUGAUCAAACGCGUGUAAAACAGUCAUGAAUAUUACAUACACUUUAAUGAAAUGUUACUUUUGGGGGAAAGAUUGGCAAAAAAUAAUCGGGAAUGGGUUGCGCCCCGGGAAUGGAGUUGCGCGUAUACAUUAUAUACAUUAUGAUGUAUACGAGCAGCUCCAUUCCCGGUGCGCAGCCCCAUUCCCGAUAAUUUUUUUUUGUCAAUUAUGUCACCGUUAGCAGGAUUUGAAGCAAAUAAUUUUGAUAUUCGUUACUUUAUAACAGUUGAGUUAUCAUAAAAAGCAUCAGAUGUCCUCAAAUUAGGCAUAUGAGGUCAGAAACUCCCAUUUUUGUUGAUUUCAUACUUUUUUCACCCUUCGUGUCGCCUGAGUUUUUGUGAUAAUAGAACCGAAUCAUAAAUUACAAACCAGAUAUUUUACACAUUAUGAUGUAUUUUCAUAUUUGUGUUGAAUAGCAUUUUGCUUUUUUCGAGAAAAUUUAUUCUUGUCUCAUACUAAGCAAAAUCAUAACUUCACAUACCUCAAUUUCGUCUUUUUUUACGCGCAACACCAGCACCGGACGUUGCGCAACCCAUUUUAAGCGUAUUUCCGGCGGGAAUUGGAUUGCGCGUUUACCACCCGUGUAUUUAUGAUUUGAUUUUUACCAAACUGGCACACAACUUGUAUCACCAUAAGGUCUCGGUUCCUUUCUUGAACUGGCCAGAUCCCAUUAUGGGUUCCAGAGUUAUGGCCUCUGAAAGGGCCAAAAUUAGCUAUUUUGACCUUGUCUGCACAAUAGCAGCUUCAUUUAUGAUUCGAUUUUAACCAAACUUGCACACAACUUGUAUCACCACAAGAUCUUGGUUCCUUUCUUCAACUGGCCAGAUUUCUUCAUGGGUUCCAGAGUUAUGGCCCCUUAAAGGUUCAAAAUUGGCUAUUUUGGCUUUUGCAGCCAUAUAGACACUUCAUUUAUGGUUUUAUUUGAUACAAACUUCCAAAAUAACUUCAACAACAAUAAUUCUUGUAUUCCAUGACAAAUCAGAUCCAAGCGUAGGUUCAGUUAUUUUAUAUCUGAUUACCUCCCCUGAUUGUAAUCAAAAUGGAUUUAUAUCAGUAAGUACUUAUAGUACUUACUUGAAAUUUCAUUAUUGUCAUUAGUUGGACUGAGCCAAUCAGGGUAGAUAACUAUGGACUGAUUUUAUGUCAAAUUACCUCCCUUUAUUUCAAAUUAAAAUGGGUAUAUCUCCGUAACUAAUGAAGUUACUGAUCUGAAAUUUCAUUUAUGUCAACAGAUUUAUUUGGCAGAUCCUUCUUUUCUUCGCUUACAAUAAUGUUUUUUUUUAAUUACUUCCCUUUUACGUUACUAUAAAUAGCUUAUUUUUAGUAACUUUUUUAUUAUUGGCCGUAGGGAAAAACCGAGACCACUUUUCUGUGGUACAACAUGGAUGGUACCUCCAAUUUGUAGGUGUAUUUUGACAUAUCUGUACCUUUUAAGAAUUUUUUUUUUCUUUUUGGUUAAAUUUCUUCCCAUUGUUGUUACUGUCCUUUGGACUUAGAUAUUUUUUCUGAGGACCUUCUUGUCCUCAAGUGCAAUGAUAACAGGUGAGUGAUAUAGGGCCAUCAUGGCCCUCUUGUUUUGUGUGUGUUAUCAGCAUUUGUAAGAUAAUUCAAAAUCGUCCCAUUAGUACUAGGUUAUGUCGACAUUAUCAGUAUUUAAAUUCAUAGUGACAAGGCUUUUAAAUAGUCGAGCUUUGCUGUCCUGUGACAGUUUUUUCCCCAAUUUAUUUUCUAAAAAUCUUGUUGGAAAAAUUUCUAUAUAAAUUCCAGUUUAUUAAAGGAAUACAUAACUUAUGUCUUAAAGGAAGUGUCUUGAAGUAAUCGUGUUGAUAUUGAUAAAAGUUAAAUGUAUUUUUCUAAGCCCUUGCUAAAAGACAGAACAGUGACAACUUUCAGUUAAAACUUCAACAGCAUUAAGAUAAAUAUCUUACCCAGUAUUUUACUAGAAUGAGUGUACAGUGGAACAAGUCACUUUUUAUGUUGUUGGUUUAUUUUUGGACUCUGAAAAAGUUCUAUUUUAAGUGUAAAGUGUCACUAACUUUUACAUGACAGGCAAGUGUCCGGACAUUUACAGCUACCAUUUUCUCUGUAAUUUUGACCAGUUGGCAGUUCAAAGCCAGAUAAGACCCAUUUUGUGGAGUUAAUAGUUGAUGGCGUAAAAUGGCACAUGUACUGUCCUUGAAAACUGUAUUUACUAUCUUAUCAUCCAAGCUGGGCAAGCUGUGACCAGUUUUGCCUCUUGUUAUAAAACAGUACAAAUGUUAUGCUUUUUGAAACAAUGUGAUAGUAUGCUCUUGGGUGAAAGUGUUGUUUCUUUUGUACAUUGUAUGUAUUUGUUGCUUCCUUAUGCAGAUCUUUUUUUUUUUACAGCAACAUUAUGCAUUUCUAGCAAUAAUUUUUAUAAGUAUCGUUGUGUUCAUUUGUGUUCAGUAUGAUGGCUUAACAUUUUCAUACAACUAGGUAAUGAAAUGCGGGAAACGAAAUAGUAACAUUGUUAAUGUGGGGAAUUUUUUUGUUUUUACUUUGCAAGUUUGUAUAGUCGAGGUUUUCGGUUAGACUUUGUAUUUUUAGAGAUUGUUCUGGUUUUCUUUGUAACAUGUGUUAAAGACUAAAAUGUUUAUCAACAAUUUUUCCAAUCAGGAUUGCUUUUAUUUGCAUGUUUUCUAUCUUUUUCUCUUCAGAAUUGUCUUUAAGUCACAUGUACAAGGUUCACUGUACAAUUGUAUUGACCAAUUAGGUCAGGAAUUAAAAUGUUUCCAGUCAACAACAGUAAGAAAGAAUUUUACGAAAAAUGAGGCCAACAGUUGAGGUAGUACAGGCCUGGGGAUAUAUCCAGGAUUAUAAACCAUUGUCAUACAUAGAGGAACUUGGGUUUAUUUGGCCACCUGGAAUUUCUUUUAGUACAUGUAUAUCCAGUUUACAUAAAGGAUAAUUACCUUCUUUUUGGAAAAAAACAUUUGGAGCAUGACCGAACAUGUCAGCUGGAACUUGCUUUCUGUUUUGUUUAAAGGAAACAAUUUGGGUAACAAACUACACUCAGUGCUCUUUCAUUUUUAUACACUUGUCUCUGAAAGAGCGGGACGUUACAUGCCCGUCUUAUGUGAACACCUGUGGCGUUUGGCGUCCAAAGCAUGUCCGCUCAGUCAAACAGUUUUCAUCCGAUCCUCAAACUUGCUGACAAUGUUUGUGGGCAUAAUAUCUCGGCCAAGUUUGAUAACCAGCCCAAUCGCCCCAGGCACUCCUGGAUUAUGGCCCUUGAAUUAAUCAAAAAUGACGGUGGGCGGCAUCCAAAGCAUUUCCGCUCUCUGUCAAACAUUUUUGAUCCGAUCUUCACUAAACUUGCUGACAAUGUUUGUGGGCAUAAUAUCUCGGCCAAGUUUGAUAACCAGCCAAAUCGCCACAGGCACUCCUGGAUUAUGGCCCUUGAAUUACUAAAAAAACAGCGGCCGGCGUCCAAAGCAUGUCCACUGUCUGAGUCAAACAGUUUUCAUCUGAUCUUCACCAAACUUGCUGACAAUAUUUGUGGGCAUAAUAUUUCGGCCAAAUUCAAUAACCAGCCAAAUUGCCUCUGGCACUUCUGGAUUAUGGGCCUUAAAUUACUCGAAAACUGCAAAUUUAGCCUUGUCUGCCCUCAGUUGAACAGUUUUCAUCCAAUCUUCACCAAACUUGGUGACAAUGUUUGUUGGCAUAAUAUCUCUGGCCAAGUUUGAUAACCACCCAAAUCGCCCCAGGCACUCUUGGAUUAUGGCCCAUGAAUUACUCGAAAUCUGUGAAAUAAGCCUUGUCCAUUCAAACAGUUUUGAUCUGAUUGUCAAUUUCAUCCCACAUGGAACCUCAAAAAUACCUUGAUUCCUUCUUACUCUUUUUUAGAGUUAACAAGACAUACAACAUCAACAUUAUUACCUUUAUGAUAGGUAACUGAAUAUUUAGACGGGCGUAUUUUGUGACAGUCUGGCACUCUUGUCAGAUUAUGUAGUCAGUAGUUGCAUGUUCUGUUAUAAAAGAAACAGUAGAAGAUUGGGGGAAAUCUUCGUUUUUUUAUCCUGCAAUGUUUCAUUUUGUUAGUGGUUACAGCAUUUGAUUUCACGUUCUGUUGAGAGGAUGCAGAGUCUUGCACUUGAAUGAUAUAUAUGUGUUUAUAUGUAAACGUUAUUUAUUUAAUGUUGACAUUUGCAAUUCUAUAACAUUUGUAUGUACAGUCAUGCAGCUAAAUACAUUCUUAUAAAAUAUUGA